CCUUUAGUGGAAGAUGUGCAUGACCUUACAAACAUUUAUGUCAGACUUAGGGAAGAUCUGAACGAGUUGACAAUCCUUAAUGCCAGACGUAUGAAAAUCUGAGCGACCUCACAAUUACUGCGCCUAACAAAUACUGCGAAAUGUGUCUGACAGUUGGACAAAUCUGACAACAAAUGGCAUUGUUUAAUAUACAUUUGGGCAUGGUCAUUCACAAAAUCGGACAAAAAAAUUGAAAGUGCACAAGUAACAUGCAUCAAUAUCUGAAAGAUUGACUUAACUUUUUACAAGAUUCUAGUCUAGUCAGGUGCUUUUGGUGGGCCUUUCUGUUGUUCCGUGAUGUCUCCUCUACACACCGCCCAUCUCAGCUUCUGAAAACAUAUGAGUUCUGUCAGUCGACAAUGAACGCCUCCAAUGGUGUAAUGAACGUGACGUCAUCGAUUCUGCUUUACAUUACUUCCGGACCAAGCAUCGACCAGCUUAACGAUGAUGAGUUCGUGAUUCUGGUUCCGUCAUUCAUACUCAUCGUCGCAGUGGUUCUGAUUGGACUGCCGGGAAACAUUCUGACCAUAUGGGUCUACAAGACCAAGAUGCGGAGGACGGCGUCCCGAAUAUUUAUAUUGGCCCUGGCCAUUUGCGACUUAAUAAACUGCGUCAUCACCAUGCCGGUAGAGAUCAGCAUAAUCGCGCGCUACUGGUCCUAUGACUACCCACUGCUGUGUACAAUCGGUCGAACUCUGACUUAUGUUUUUAAUGGGACAUCUGCUUUGCUCCUUUGUGGAAUCGCAUUCGAUCGCUUCCGGAAGAUCUGCCGACCAUUGAAGCCCGUAUUCACGCCGAGGACAACCAAAUUCAUUUGCUGUGUGUCGUUUGCGUUAGUGAUGGGUUUCUACGUUCCGGGUUACAUCAUUUAUGGAACGAACACUGUUAAUAUUUCUACUGCGAGAAAACAUGUCGUAAUUGUCGGAAAGCGGUGUCAGCUACGCGACGAGUACAAGAACUCAAAACUGGUCCCCAUAAUUUUGGGCGUCUGGUUCUUAGGCACUGUUGCAGUUCUCUUUGCGCUGGUCAUCAUAUACUCGUUAAUUGGUCGAGCGGUUUUUAAUCGACUAAGACUGGAGGAAAAACGACGCAGCUCGGUCCCAAGCGCCAUGACACAGAAGCCGAAACUGCGCAGAGUUGUUGCAGACGAUUCCUCAAAGACGAGUUGUUCAUUUGAUGACGGAGAGAUCAAGGAGAAAUCAAAGCGACAACAUCAAUCGGCGGUGUUAAAAUCGAUGUCCGUGCCUGUGCAAAAAGAAAUCAGUCGGACUUUAAAAGAAAGGUUCCGUCUUUCGGCUCCCAACUCUUACACCAUUGAUAAAGUCAAAAAGGAAAACAUGUCUCGAAGAAUUCGCGCGGGAAGAACCACUGUCAUGCUCUUUUCAGUUACGGUCGCUUACAUCAUUAGCUUUUUACCAUUUGUAAUAAUUGUAAUUCUGCGAACAUCUAUUCCAGACUUGGAGAAUCGUUUAUCAAUGAUUGAGCAGAGCAUUUGGCAAUUUUGCAUUCGGUCGUAUGUCAUUAAUUGUGCAAUUAAUCCUAUUUUGUACGGAUUCUUCAACAAAGAUUUUCGAGAGAAGACGAAACAGUUGAUUAGCUGGUGUUUACUAAAACGAUGUGCAUAAGGCCUUUUCCAAGUUAAUGAAUUUCCCAAAAAGGGAUACCCUUGAACCUGAAUUACAAAUAUUAUCUGUGCUUUUUUAGCUUUAUACAUUAAUGAUGAAGUUAAUAUUUGACGCAAACAAUUUAAAAAAAUCGAAAUCAUUGUCAAAUGCGGGCUUUUGUCACUUUUUCUUAAACAAACUUCUACGAGAUUUUCUACAUUGUGAUGUUGGGAUGGUAUAAACGCAGUACUAGAAGGAAAAUUAAUGUAUUUAAGUGUUUGAUUUUUUUAUUUGAGUUUAAUGAUUCUUCUUCUUAUGAUAGGCUGAUGUGGUAUAUUUUGUAUUUCAAUCGUGAUGUUUUGGUAAAAGCUGAAUUGUUAAAUACCCUUAGCUAUAUGAACGCCGUCUUGAUAAUCGGCGUACACUCCUACGGAAUACCGUAAAGGCCAUCGUGGUUACACAUUAAAAUCCAGAGGGCGACAAUGCGGUAGUACGAAAGCGACAAUGCGUCAGUACGAUGGCGACAUGCGACAACGCCGUAGUACGAUGGCGACAAUGCGAUAAUACGAUGGCGACAAUGCGACAACGCGAUAGUACGAUGGCGACAAUGCGAUAGUCAUAUCGUACUGUCGCCAUCGUAUCAUCGCAUUGUCGACAUUGUUCUUUCGCGUUAUCGUAGUGUCGUCAUCGUAUUAUCGCAUUGUCGCCAUCGUACUAUCACACUGUCGCAAUCGUAUUGUCGGAUGAUGAUGAAUGAUGAUGAUGAUGAUAAUGAUGAUGAUGAUGAUGAUGAUUAUGAUGAUGAUGAUGAUGAUGAUGAUGAUGAUGAUGAUGAUGAUGAUGAUUAUGAUGAUUAUGAUGAUCAUGAUGAUGAAUACCCUUAAGGAGGACAAACAUUCGGUAGAAAUAUACUUUCUGUAAUAGAGGUAAACAACACACACAUGCGAAGAUGAACAAAACAAAGUUUGUUAAAUUCAUGUUUUGUUAAUAUCAAUAAUUUAAAAAUGUCAACAAAUGCAAGUGUAUUAACUAUGACCGAUAUCCCGUUUGAUUCGAAAUUUCAAAUACAUGGAACACGCACUGUUGAUCAAUAGGCUUGCAAUAAACUGCAAAAACUCAUGUAUUUGCGAAUGAUA